GCCGCCCGGAGGGGAGCUGUUUAGAGCUGCGUCCGCCCCUCCAGGAAAAGGGGGCCGGGACGCGGGGGCUCCGACUCAGAACGGGGGCGGUGCUGUGCGCCUGCGCGCACCCGGCUUCGCAGCUCGCUCGGGACUGACCCUGAGGUGUAAGGACAAGUUGAAUGCCUUGGCCAUCUCGGUGAUGAACCAGUGGCCAGGAGUAAAGCUGCGCGUGACCGAGGGCUGGGACGAGGACGGCCACCACUCAGAGGAGUCACUGCACUACGAGGGCCGCGCCGUGGACAUCACCACAUCUGACCGUGACCGCAGCAAGUACGGCAUGCUGGCCCGCCUGGCCGUGGAGGCCGGCUUCGACUGGGUCUACUAUGAGUCCAAGGCACACAUCCACUGCUCCGUGAAAGCAGCGGUGAUCCCGCUCGAGGAUCCCGGCGGGGACAGUAGAGCCGCUCAUCGGCAUUCCGCGCACACGGGCGGGGGCGCGGCGCAGUACGUGUCAAGCGGGGUCGUGCGACUCGACGACUCGGGCUCGCCAGCGCCCCGGGUCGCAUUCCGGGGAGCUCCGGAGGGCCCCCCACGGCCAGUCCCGCACUUCAUGACGGAGAAACCUAUGAGAAGAUUAAACUCCUUCUGUAAUUCCAGCAGGAAGACUCUUUCCUGCAAUCUCUAUUUGCAAAAAGCAUGA